AUGAUCUGGCUCGAGACGAAGCGGCCGGACCUCGAGCAGGCACGCGGGUUCGCACGCCGCAUCCGUGAGCAGUUCCCCGGCAAGUGGUUCGUGUACAACCUCUCGCCGAGCUUCAACUGGAGCGCGCAGGGCUUCUCGGAUGCGGACUUGAAGAGCUUUGUGUGGGAUUUGGCUAAGGAGGGCUUCGUCCUUCAGCUUAUCUCGCUCGCGGGACUGCACUUGAACGCGGCUGCUACGUUGGAGCUUGCUCAACGGUAUAAGACCGAGGGCAUGAAGGCGUACGUCGAGCUCGUGCAGCGCAAGGAGAAGGACCUCGGCUGCGACGUGCUCACGCACCAGAAGUGGAGCGGCGCGAACUACAUCGACCGUAUCCUCACGACGAUCUCAGCGGGCUCGUCGAGCACGUCCGCAAUUGGCAAGGACUCCACGGAGCACCAAUUUUAA